AUGGCAGGACUCGGACUACGUGGGACUGCUCUUAUCACUGGAGCAGGCGGCGCUCUCGGUCGGACAAUCGCUCUCCAAUUCGCGCGUGAUGGUGUCAGACGUAUUGCGGGCCUGGAUCUUUCAGAAAAGGGAUUGACCAAAACGGCUGAAGCGGUGAACGCAGAAGCCCCAGACGUGGAUUUUUUGCCGAUGCCGGUCGACAUAGGAGAUGAGGAGCAGGUGAUUCGUGCUUUCGGGACCGCUGUCAGCAGAUUGGAGAGGAUCGACUACGCAAUCAACAAUGCGGCAAUUGCUGCGCCCUUUUUACCGACAGGUGACACAACGGUAGCGGACUUUGAAAAGGUCCAGAGAGUUAAUCUCAGAGGCACCUGGCUCUGUGAAAGAGAAGCGUUGAAACAAAUGGUGAACCAAGAACCCUUGGAGGGGUUGUAA